UAUUAGACUAAUGUAAUCUUCCUUAGAUAGAAUAUUUAAAUAUAUUUAUUAAUUAUUUUUAAAUAUAUAACAUUUGAAAUCUUAUCCAUAUGUUUUAUAAAGGUUUAUAGUUGCAUAUUAAAGAAAACUGUUAUCCAUGAGCCAUGAGAAAAUCGUCUGCUUUCGUUCAUUAUACAUGUUACUUUGACUGCAAUAUGCAUGCGCAUGCAAACAAUGCAAUGCAGAGCUAGACCCUAGCUAGAGAGAGAAUUGUGAAGAGUGAAGAUUGAAAAAGUACGAGUCUUUAUCAUUGUUGAACUACAGCCCCUAACACGGUUAGUUUUUAGUGCUGCAUAGAUUUAUGUAAAGGUUUAACACAAGGAAGAAUCUAAUGGCAGAUGGAAAAGAACCUCCUGUGAAGGCUGGAGGACAGACAGGAGCCGGAGCCGGGACUGGAGCAGGAGCAGGAGAAGGCAUCCGGAGUAUAAAAUCUACAUCAUUAUUCAGAGCAGUCAACUUUGAACUCUAUGCUAAACCCAACAAAUUUAUAAUGGGAUUCGGUCUGGCUGCCCUCACCGGCUGUGUCGCGUACAUUGCCUAUAUCAACGCACAGAAAGAGAACCAGAAAGACAGUGACAUGUAUGAACAGUUCCGACUUGAUGGCACUACCAUCAUGAGGCCAAAAUCUUCCAAAUGGGACUGAGAGAUCAUUAUAGACUCAACAGUUUUAGCUGAGUGUGGAUGAAUGAACAGACACCAUUGUUUGGUAUGCGGCUGUGGGACUGAGCUGAUGGACUAGGAGAAUUCUAUGAGAUCAUAAGAGCAUUAGAAUCAAGUGCAAACAGACUAGAACAUCUGUGGUUGGUUGGAGUCCUGAAACCUAUAGUGAAUCUGUGUUACUUCAAGGUGCCUGCUGAUUCCAAUAUUUUGUUGGCAAUAUAAUAAUAAUAAUAAUAUUUAAUUUUUAUAUAGUGCUUAUCACAAAUGUCUCUAAAUGCUUUACAAAUAUACUAUUACCCCUGUCAUUGGAUGUGUGAAAUGCACAUGGUACAAAUGUAAUAAACACUUCUGUGUUUUAAACCAAUUCUAAAGAAAUGAGUUAGUGGAAAUACUAGAGAUCAGGUAUGCCUUAUACAUUUGAGAAAGUUUGAGGUUUUAAUAUCUUCUUAAACCCACAGCUAAUAUUUAUUUGACAGACAAAUUUAUCCAAAGUAUCUAAUUUUUAAGUAGAUAUAAACAAGUUAGAAAUGUAAGUAAAGUCACUUGGGGAUGGUGUUUUACGGCCCAGCAUAUGUCCCUUGAAAAUUGAGAGCUCCAUUAGAUUGAGGGCAAAUUGGACUAUUCUUUUAGAUGAAUCGGGCUUUUGAUUUGGGUAGGGGUUAGAAUUGAUUGGACAAUUUUACCUAAUUCUCUGGCACUUUUGACCAAAACAAAGUGACAUCAGAUUCAAUGUUUUGUCUGGAUUAAACUAACACAAUUUUCGUCUUCUCCAAACAGGGUUGAAAAUUGUUUGUUUAAUAUUUUCUCACAAGUCGCUAUCAUGAAAAUUAUUUCAUUUCUAGAAACUCUACAAGGCCUAUAUAUUACAUACUUCAAGAUUUGCAUGGCUAUUUAUAAAGGAUUUGUAAGGAAAUGUGUAUAUCAUUGGUUGAUCGUUAUACAUGAAGGCUAGGGAAUGCUUGAGCCUUUCUUUAAAUUGUUUACAUAUUAUGUAUAAGCCAUAUGUCUCCAAAUUGAAACUCUGAAAAACCUGUAUGGUGGACAUGAACAUGUUAUAUAGAUACAAGCAAUGCUGAUAUAUUUUUUUGUUGAAUCAACAGUUUGAUUAAAUAAAUAAAAAAAUAA